AAUUGGGCGAUUGCCAGCAGUACUGUAGCAAACAGCAGCGGCGGCUAUCAUUGCAGUUGCAUUUUUAACGCUAUGGACGACACUUUAGAAACAACAGUACCUUUAGCCGGCCAUAAGGCAGGACCGUCUCUUGGUAGCAAAAAACCCAGUGUUGUGAUUAAAGAACCGGAAAGAACUACUUAUGAAGUUGUUAAAAUUGAAGAAAAACAUGGCCCGCUCCAUAAAGCUAUUCCAAUCAUGCCUUUACCAUUUGCCGCUCUUUGCUGUUUAUUAAAUAUAGGAUGUCCAGGUUUAGGUACGCUAAUUUCUGCCUUCUCAGUAUUCUGUUGUGCUUCGACUAGAAUAGAAAAACCCAUACACGCCUUUGGUUUAAAUAUUCUUGCUGGAAUACUACAAGCCUUGACAUUUAUCGUGAUAGUCGGCUGGAUAUGGAGUAUCUUAUGGGGAAUGACAUUUGUACAAUUCUCCAGUAAGUAUAUUUUUGCAAUGUAGCCUUCUGUAAAUGUUCGUUCAAGGCAGCAUGUUCUAGAUAUUCAGGUCGCUUGCUUAUAUUCUAUCUGAUACGUUUAUGUUAUGUAGUAGUCUCCUCAUAGUAUCCACAUCUACACAUACACUUUUUCUCUCCCUCUCCGUCUUUCUCUUUCAAUAAAUAUCUCUCUUGCUCUCUUCACUCUAAAUCUCUUGAUAUUUUUUAUGUGAGAUAUAUUCUUGUGUAUAUUAGUAUAUAUAUAGAAACGUAGUACAAAAUGAUAGCUUUACAUUAUAUACACCGUUCUCACACUUACUUGGAAGCACUUAGAUAAAUACCUCUGCACCUUAGUUCUCUCUUUCUUUUCCGUUCCCUCUUCUAUUGCAGUUCAAAGAACGAAAAGAAACGCCUUAUCAGAAACACCGAGCAGGAACAUUCCUUACUACGUUAGACGACAAAGCAGCGUUGAUCCAGAAUACUCUAGCAAAUCCUGAUUAAAAGCAUGCAUGGUCUGGCAUUUUCUCUUUUUUAUUUUGCUUUCUAGAUAUUUUUCGAUUUGACUUUUACCAUUGCUUAAGAUUAAUCGACCUAUUUUAGACUUUGCAUAUAUUUAUUAGUUGGCUUUAUAUAAUAAUCCUGUAAAGAAAUAUGUUUUUAUUUUUUUGACGCCAACUAAAAGAGUAGAGUAAAUUUUGGAUACAAACAAUCUAAUUAAGUUGCGUCUAUCGUACCGUUAAUGAUAUCGAUCAACUAUUUGUAUAAACCGAAAUCGAAAAAGUUUAGAAAUCAAUUUGCGCUGUUGCUAUAUGAUAUUUGUAUAGGAUCUACACAUAUCUUACAUAUAUAUAUAUAUAUAGUAUGUAUAUAUAUAUACGUAUAUAUGUUUAUCUACUAUAUACGCCGCAUGUACUUUACUAUUUGUUGGUCUACAGUAUACCUAAUAAAUGUACAUAUAUAUAUAUGUAUAUAUAUACAGUAUAUAUAUUCGACAUAUAGUAUAUACAUGGCCUCAUAAAAAACACCUA